AGGAAACUGUCAACGCGCCGACAGACACAACAGAGCAGAAUUAUGAUUCAUCACCUUUUACCUGUCAUAGAUCACCUCCUUAACCCUUAUAACUCUGCUUUAAAGGAUGGCUCUACGGACAGCCUGUACGAACCAGCCCAGAUUGGCCUGAACUGUCAAGACUCAUUGCCCAGAAGGCUACCCAGCCCAAACUGUGCGAAAAACAUGGGCGUGUGGAGCGGAUCCGAGCCCUGCAUCGCCAUGAAGCUUCCAGAGACUCACACAAGGAAGACUCAGGAAAAUAAGACUUCGGAAAAGGUGAAGAGAAAGUCCCAAAAACUAUCGACAUCUGAAGAUGAGACUACAGAUCAUACAGAGUCUGAUGCCCACUGGCCUUCCACCAGGAAAAAAGAUGGCUUUGUACAUGGCAAGAACCAUAUGAACACAGAGAUGGUCAAAGAUCACCACCUGUCAAAACUCACCAGAGAAGAGAAUGAGGAGCGGGGGAAUUCAGAGAAAACUGUUAAAAAUCCUUCUGUCCAGGGUGUGAAUUUCGAAGCCUGGAAUCCCAAUAGAGAAAACUCUGAAGGCAGACAGCAAGACUUGACCAGGAGGUCAGAGGGCGAGGACGAGACGCAAGGCACGCUGAAGAAAAUCCAGAAACUGGUAGGAGUGAAAAAGGGGGGUCAAAGUGUCACGGAAGAAUCGAGGAACAACAUAGAGCCUGGUGGUCAUUUGACAGAAUCCAAUGGCAAAGACCACAGUCCUGUCAUAACCUGCAUCAGCCUGACCAAAAAAGCUGAGAAGAAGCCCACACGACAACCACCACAAUCCCAGCAGCCCAUGCAGGAGAAGGAUGUGGAUACAACAGAAUCGGAGGGCUCCUGGAGUCCAGGGCUCUUUCAGGAGUACUGGAGUCCCGUGGCGUAUUCUCCAGCGUGGGACACAUCCACACACACCUGCCACAGGUCAACGGCUGAACAGGUCAUGUACAACUUCAACUUCACCCUCCCCAGAGACACAGACUGGGAUAAAUACGAGGAGCUUUUUCACCGAUUAGACCCCUACAAACGAGACCAGCAAGCCAGAUGGAUCACCCACUCCGUCAUGGACCUGGACAUGCCAGACCCCCUGCGAUCCACCAGUUUUGGGAUUUUUGACAGACAGCAGCACACCCAGGUCAAGGCAGAAGAUAAGGGAGAAAGUUUGCCCACGGAAGCAGCUGAGGUGGAUCCCAGUAAAUCAGGAGGUCUCGGGAAGAAGAUGAAGAACAUCUCACUGACCAUGCGUAAAAAGAUGGGCCGGAAAUACACUAAAGCCCUGUCAGAGGAAACGGGCGAGGAGACUGAAGCUGUGGUGGCUGAAGUCGGGGACGGUACGCUGGCCAAAGGCUGUCACCCCUCCAUGGAAAGUUUGUUCAGUUUGCACAGCGGCCAGAGUUCAUCUAGUGGCGUGACCAGCAGCUCUGAAGGUUAUAGUAACAGGGACAGCCUGCGUUUAGAAGAAGACGUGCCCUACACAGGCCAGUUUUGCGGGAGAGCCAAGGUCCACACUGACUUUGUUCCCAGUCCGUAUGACACAGAGUCUCUCAAACUCAAGGUGGGAGAUAUUAUUGAGAUCAUCAGUAAACCUGCCAUGGGAAUCUGGACUGGGAUGCUGAACGGUAAAGUGGGAAGCUUUAAGUUCAUCUACGUCGACAUGCUGGUGGAGGAAAGCGUGCCGGAACCGAGGAUUCGCUCUCACAGGAGGAGCAGAAGACCUCGACCCAAAACCCUUCAGGAAUUUCUGGAAAGACUCAAUCUGGAGGAGCACAUUUCAUCUCUGCUGUUGAACGGGUAUCAGACGGUGGACGAUCUUCGGGAUUUGAAGGAGCAGCACCUUGUAGAGCUGAAUAUGACCGACCCUGAACACAGACACCUGCUGCUAGCGGCAGCAGAAAGCCUGCAGGACCCUGAAUAUAAUAAUCAGAAUCUGGGAGAGACAAAUGAGGAGCCCAAAUCUCCCUCUGAAGAAGUCAAAGUCGAACUGAGCAACUGUCCCAGAGACUCGGGCUGUUACAUCGGAUCAGACUGUUCAGACAACAGUAAAGAGGACACAGAGACCCAGCUGGCCCCUCUCAGCCCACCGACAACAGAAGCAUAAACCACAGCCCUGCAUGUUUUUUGUUUUUUUUUGCCCUUGUCUGCCUCUGGUUGGUGCAAAAACUGUUACCCGCUGACCACAACCUAUUUUGGCCGGAUUUUUUGACAGUGUAAAGAAGACUUUGUGUUUCAGAUCUGUUGCAUUAAGGAGUUUUGAUGUCUGAUGACACUGGACUCUCACGUCAUGGACACUGUGAAGUUAUUAGAGAUAUACAGACAUUAAAGAUGACAUGUAAAUAUACUGUAAAUAUGGUAAGAGAGGUACAACUUUGCUCUUGUAAACCAUUUAAACUUUGCCUUGCACAUGCUAGACAAAACAAGAAACUACUGAGAUUACAAAUGUAUUAUUUUAUGCAAUAAAAAGAAUUCUUUAUAUUGUA